UUCCACACACUCACUCGCCGCAGGAGAGAAGUCAGCAGAUCACAUCUGGCCCAGGCUGCGCGUCGCCUCUGCUCCCCGUGCGCGCGCGCCAGCCAGCGAGCGAGCGAGUGUGUGUGAGAGUGUGUGUGUGUGUGUGUGUGUGUGUGUGUGUGUGUGUGUGUCGGUGAACACUCCCGGUGCCCCGGUUGACGGUAAAGUCUCCGCCGCUCGGCCGCGUUCGACGGCGGAGCGAGUAGCCUCGAACAGCCCCGGGACGGGUCCGCGGCGAUGGACUAACCGGAUCUGGACCUUUUCUUUCUUCUUCUUCUUCUUCUUCUUCUUCUUCAUCAUCGUCUUGGAUUAUUCCCCUGGUUUUGUUUCUUUUCUUUCCUCUCAGUGGAGUAACAUUUUUUUUUUUUUUUUUAAAUUUUAUUAUUUUUUUAUUAUCAUUAUUUAAAAAAGAAAAGAAAAACAAUGCCUGGAAAGACCAAGUACAGCCUGGUGGACGACGGACACGACCUGCGGAUCCCGCUGCACAACGAGGACGCGUUCCAGCACGGGAUCAACUUCGAGGCGAAGUACAUCGGCAGCCUGGAUGUGUCGCGGCCGAGCAGCCGAGUGGAGAUCGUGGCCGCGAUGAGGAGAAUACGGAACAGAAAAUUCAUCGCCGGCGGAGCCAGUGAGUAUGAGUUCAAGGUGAAAAACAUCAAGAAGAAGAAAGUCAACAUCGUGGUGUCUGUGGAGGGCGUGAAGGUCAACUUGAGGAAAAAGAAAAAAAAGAAGGAGUGGACGUGGGAUGAGAGCAAGAUGAUGGUGAUGCAGGAUCCGAUUUACAGGAUAUUCUACGUUUCCCACGACUCGCAGGAUCUGAAGAUCUUCAGCUACAUCGCCAGAGACGGACAGAGCAACGUCUUCCGCUGCAACGUCUUCAAGUCCAAGAAGAAGAGUCAGGCCAUGCGCAUCGUGCGGACGGUCGGCCAGGCCUUCGAGGUUUGUCACAAACUGAGUCUGCAGCACACGCAGCAGAGCGCAGACGGACAGGAGGACUGCCACGGCGAGAGGAACGGCCUCGACUCGACGCUCACAGGCGUGCGUGCUCAUCCACCUGUGUGUGUGUGUACUUUCCUCGGCUCAGCUCGGGAGCUGGCGGGCGAGGAGAAGACCGGCGCCGCUGAGGAGACGGACAUCGACGCCGAGGAGGCGAGCCACACGCCGCUGAAGGCGGCGGCGGCGGCGGCGACGUUGGCCGAGGAGCUGAACGCCAACAGAGGGGUGACGGACCUGGACGCCACGGUCAAGACGCCGGCUCUGCACCGCGCGGACGCCAAGGUAGAUCAGGUUUCAGAAGAGGCCUCUCUGCUGAUAUCCAGCCCCAGGAUGCUGCUCCCCGCAUCGGGCACCCUGCCACCGGCCGGCCCCCUGUCUGUCCACCACCAGAUCCAGCUGCUCCAGCAGCAGCUCCAGCAGCAGCAGCAGCAGACACAUGUGGCUGUAGCGCAGGUCCACCUGCUGAAGGACCAGCUGAGCGCCGAGGCCACGGCUCGGCUGGAGGCCCAGGCUCGCGUCCAUCAGCUGCUGCUGCAGAACAAAGACCUGCUGCAGCACAUCUCGCUGCUGGUCAAACAGAUCCAGGAGCUGGAGACCAAGAUGUCAGGACCCAACUCAAUGGGCUCCCAGGACAGUUUGUUGGAGAUCACCUUCCGCUCCACGGUACCUGCAGUGAUCUGCGACCCCACGACCCCUAAACCCGAGGUGUCGGGCCUCAACCUGCCCCCGCUGAGCGCCACCGACGGGACCUGCAACGCCUUCUCGUCGUCCAACGGGACCCUCGGAAGCCCCCUAGUCGAUCAAAGCAUGUUUGAGAACUCCGUGGCCCAGCAGCAGAGUCCUCAGAUCUCCAGGCCCGGUCAGCCCUCGGCCCGACGGACCCCGGCGUCGGCCAACUCCAACCUGGGGUCCAGCUCCGUGGUGGAUUCUCCCUCGACCUCCUCGUCCGGAGGUCAGCAGAGGCUGAAGAACGCCAUUAACCUGGGCAAGGCCGUCGGGGCAAAGGUCAAUGACCUGUUGAGGAGAAAGGAGUCCAGCCACCUCGGGGACAUCGGAGUGACUGAGGUCAACAAAAACGUUGGUGCCGUGUGGAGCUGCAUGGACGAACUCAACCAAACUACCGCCAACAGUCACAUCUCCUUCGACUCCUUCCCUCGGCUCGACCCGCCGCCGCCGUCGGGGAAGAAGCGGCUCCCUCGGGCGCUGAAGACGACCCAGGACAUGAUGAUCUCCUCCGACCCGGUGGUCUCCUCUCCGGACGCUGGCGACUCGUCCUCGUUCCUCUCGUCCCCCGGGAAGACGCCACUUAUCUCCCAGGAGGAGGAGGAGGAGGAGGACGAGCAGCGGCGGCAGGAGGGCGAGAAGGAGAAAGAGGGCGAGGGGUCGGCGGAUAUCGCGCCCCCUCUGGGCGACGCGGAGCAGAAAGUCUCGGAGACGACGGGGAGCAGCAGCAAGGUGGACGGAGCCAUCGAUGACACAGAAGCAGACGUGGAGGAGGACCGUCAGCACCGGGUCCAGCUCUCGGUACCAGACCUCAUCAACAAAGAUCCCCCGCUGCCGGAGCCCAGAGCCAACAGGCCCUGCGACAUCUGGCAGAAGGCGCCGGCGCCGGACUCCCGUCUCGCCUCCACCCCCCGCUCGGGGAAGACCGCCUGCCGCAUCAGCCUGGGCGAGGAGGUCCUCCUGGGGAACGGCGCCCCCUGCGGUAAGGACGAAGAGCCGCACCCGGACCUGCUGUCGUUCGAGUAACGAGCCAGAGGUCGGGGGGUCCGGGGGGUCCGGGGUCCGGGAUACCACUUCAGUAUGAUUCCAGUAGAGUAGAGAGGAUCAAAUAUUCACUGCCACUUUUUUUUAUUAUAUAUAUAUACAGUAUAUAUAAAUAUAUAUAUAUAUAUAUAUAUAUAUAUAUAUAGCUUUGCUUUGGGAAAAGGGAACAAGUUCUUCCAGGAGCCAGCACACAGAUCCAAUCUUCUGACUUUUCACCUGCUUUUUUUUUUUCUUUUUCAAGUGCAGAUGAGUUUAAAGGUCAUGAAGAUAAAAUCUGAUCGUCCACGUACGAGCAACAAGACACUACGAGCUUCUUAUUAAUGAUUUAAGAACCAGGACGGGUGAUGGUUGAGCAGCACGAGGGGAAACAACGGGGGGGUUGAACAGAUUUUAACAAAAAGCAAUCGAACCUGUAAAAGAUUCGAAUCAUCAGAUGUUUUAUCUCUUACGACAUGUUGAUAACAUGUGAUUAAGAAAACCAGCUGAUAAUUUAAUACUGAAUGUAUUCAAUGUUAUGAAAUACCCCUUUAAAAAGUCAAAUGACUGGUCAGCAUUAAAAAAAAACCUCAAUAUAGCAGCGUUAAGAUAAUAUAUCAUCAAGCAAUUCAUCACAUUCGUCAUCAUACUGUGUAAAGGGACAUUCCGUUACACUUUAGUCAUAAAUCCAUAUAUUUAUACUUAAGCUGCUAUAUAUAAAGGUAAGAAUCAGUUAGAAUCUGCGACUAAUAAGAUGAGCAGAGUUACUGUGAACGGCAGCAUGAAGGGAAACAGAUUCUGGAAGAGAAGAAGAAGAAGAAGAAGAAGGAAGUGAGUGGAAGAGACCGAGCGAACGUGGAUGUUUGAGGAGAGAGAAAAGGGUUUUUGGGGGAAAGUUUCCUUUUCAGUUCAGUUCAGUCAGAACAAAAUGUCAAGCAGAGAGUUACAUCAGCGCUGGAGAACUUUGGACUUGGCUUCAUCCAUAUUGAAAAAGCAUAUGGACGUUGGAGUCUUCUCCUACACUGACCCCUGAGACGUGAGCGCGACCUUUCAACGCUGGAACAAUCUCCGAAAAUUGAUCGAGUAGAUUUUAAAGAAUCCGGCUUUGAAUUCACAGUGAACCAAUUUGACAUCAUUAAAAGUAGAUUAAACAGAUGAGGAGGACAUUAUCACAGACUAACUUGACAAGGCAUCUUCGGAUGAGAUCAGUUCAACCAUGAAUUCAAAGGUAGAAACUUUUAAAUCGAGAUAAUUAAUCUCACAUUUCCAAAUUUUAGACUUUAAAUCUUGACGAGCAUCAGAACAAUGUACCAUGUAAUGUUUUUUUCUUAGUGACAGCCACGGUAGAAAGACACAGACAUUUUGAAGCAUGUCACCUGGCUCUUGUUAUUAAAAAUACUUUUUCAAUCUGCCAGUGCAAUUGCAAUUUAGCAAUUCACGAGGCAGGGACGCUGAACGGGCUGAACUGAAAGUUUCCCCUCAGAAAAAACCUGACCGAGCGCCGCGGCGACGGGACGGACUAGGCGGCACGUGGAAAGCGCGGCUGGACGAAGUAGUUGUUCUUUGAGCAGGAAGAGAGACGAGGCGAUGAGUUGUCACGAGGGAGAGACGAGGGCUGAGAGGCAGGUGUGUUUUAUUCCAGCAGAUCGUGAAGUGACAGAGUGACCGAAGGCACAAAUUAUCAGCUGCGUCAAAACAGACAGCGGGAACAGAAGCAGUAAUUCUCUGCUCUUCUAUCCUUUCACCAAAGUCGACGCAUCUCUCGUAUUUGAACAGCAGUUCAGAUCCUUGUUUUGAAUCUUUCGAGGUUUUUUUUGAACGCAACCCGGUUCUUCUUCUCUCCCGUCCAGCUGCCUCAGCCUCGUCCGCAGUUCGUGUCGCCGUCGCAGCGGAAGUCAGUAUUUUUACGACACUUGUUAUUCCGGGCGUCUGUUCCCGUGCAGCUGGACUGGACUCUUUUCUUUUUAGAGACGUGUGGAAAACACAGAACCCAGAGCUGUGGGGGGGCGGGGGGGCGGGGGGGCGGGGGGGGAACCACUUGUGUGAGCUCGGAGGGAUUUCCCGACCUCGGAAAAUAGCAACGACCACAAGAAAGAGAAGACAUUCCCAGAAAAGACGGAGACGGACACAGAGUCGUCUGUCGUCGCGGUCGGAGAGGAAUGUGGAGCUGGACGGAAAGAGGAGAAGCCUUGUUUCUCUCUCAGUGACUCUGACACGGCCGCAUUCAUAUCUACAGCCGUCAAUAAACUCUGCAGUUCACCCAGAUGACAACAAAACCUUUUCCCCCCCAAUUGGUUCUUAUCUCACACUUCACUGAUUUAUUUGUGGACAGUUUUUUUGUAAUCAACUUGAAGUAUACUUUUGAGGGGUUUUUUUUACAAUUUCGUGGCUAGAUAAUAUGGGAAAUAUUUUUUUGAUUUGGGCAAAAUGACUUUUCAGAGCAACAACAGCAGCUUCAAAAUCAUGUUGAUGGCUCAAGAAUCCAUCAAGUAAAAAGAAAAAGACCAAAAUUGUCAGAAAUUCGUUGCCGUAUGAGCUCAUGACCUGCGACGCUAAGAUGCCGAUUGGGAACAUGUGUCUUUUUUUCCCCGUGGCCUUUGUAAUCUGUCGUCCGUCUGAUCCCACUCCGGGACGAACCAGGUCCAUUUCACCGGACUGAACGGAACCAAACACUCGACCGCAGCUGCUUGUUUUCAGAGGGAGAAUUGAAAAGACUUUUUUUGGAGAUUGAAAAUUCUGCUUCAUAAAAACCACUAAACAACAAAAAAAAAAAGUUCUUUUAAUAUUUUCCAACGAAGGAGCAGCAUUCUGCAUUUUAUGGAAAUAAACGAGCGUUCUUUUCUUUUCUACGAUAUCUUUGAUUAUGCAAAUAGUUUCUUCUUUUCUUUUUUUUUUUGCUCUAACAAAAUGAAGGAAAGUGAUUUAUUUUGUAAUGUUUUUAAUAUUCAGCCAUAGAAUCUAGUGAUGACGAACUGUGUGUAAUGUAGCCGCCGCGGAAAUUUGAUGAAAGCUUUUCUAUUUUCAUGUUGAUGAAUCUUGUUGAUGUGAGUUCUGUAGCGAUGAUGAAUGAAGAAAGCUGCACAGAAAACCACCCUUUAUUUUGUAUCGAUUUCAUCUUCACACCGCUGCCAAUCGCGUGAAUUCUCUGAUUUUAUAUGUAUUGACAAUAUGCUACAAAAAUCUAAGUGAACCAAUGAUUUUGUAUAUUUCCUAACGUACCACUCUUUUUUUUUUAAAGUGGGGAUGUGAUGACUUCUGUAAUCUUUCAAGAAAAAACAAAAAUGGAAAUAGACGUAAUCGCGACCUUC